AAAAAUGCGCGUCGAUCGGAACGUCGAAAACGGCACAGCUUCACCGCAUCCAGCAUAACGCUAAGUGAGAUGCAAGCAGCUGGCGAGCAUGUUUCAAGCGAGACAAACCAGCCACCGCAGUCUCAGAAGGGAAAACGCAAGCAUCAACGCAAAUCUAAGAAGGAUGUGUAUACUGGAGAACAGACUCGUAUACGCCGUGACUCAGACCAGAGCUCCGUAAAGAAUGAAACCAACGACUCUGCGUCAAAUCUUACAAUUGGGAACGAGCUGGGUAACCCAUCGUCUUCCAAACCGAAUUUGGAGAAGGCGAAAGGGCGCGAUGACAAUGGAUUUGGAAUGUGGAAUGUGAACGAAGAGUUCAGCAGGGGACAUCCUUCCAAUCCACACGCCACUGUUUGCCCUGUGGCAUUGACCGCCAAUGCAAUAUUUGAAUUGGAUGAGGAAUGA